AUGGGAUCUUACGACCGGAAUUACAUACCACAGCCGCAACCAGCAGGUACUCGAAGACUAACUGCACCAUCGUCGCCUAUGUACCGUCCGCACUAUGAACCAAACGGCUUUUCAGACUCAGGAUCGGACAGCAGCGUAGAGGAGUCGCCGUCGUAUCCGACAUACUUUUCAGCAAACGAUUACACCAAGCCUCAACGUACACUCAUAUCACCGAGUCCGGUAAAUCAGGUUCCGAUGGCUCCUUCUCCGUCUGCUCAUCGUUCGCAGAAUGCACUGGAUGAAAUGGACAAUGUAUUUGAUAUUGUAUUCAAGCAACAAGCUAUUGGCAUGAAGCUUGGCGCUGACGAAACAAAACAAUUUGCAAUUGUGAAAGAGUGUUUUGAAGGAUCUGAAGCAAAGCGAUAUCCUGAGAUUCAAAAUGGUGUGGUGAUUCUGGCAGUGAAUGGACAAGAAGUGAGCGGUUUGGGACUAUCUCGUGUCCUUUAUCGAUUAAGAGAAGCUCCUCGUCCUGUAGUUGUUCGUUUUGGUCGCAAAUUGACCCUCAGCUACUGGAAAGACGCAACGCUCGUAUCCAUGGUAAAUACUAGUCAGUUAAACUACAGUAGCAUGUAUAUUCCAUCCGACUUUUAG